AUGGACAUGGAGGUGGAUGUAGGCUCUGUGAUCUCGGGCCUGUCCGGCGGGGAUGGGGCGGGCCUGGGGCCCGGCGAGGAGGAGCUGGAGGUCGGGGGCGCCCCUGGCUGCUCUGGGGCCGGCUCCCUCCAGUUCGAUUUCGAGAGGAGCCGCUCUGAGUCCAGCGGGGAGGAAGAGGAGGAGGAGCUGGAGGAAGAGGAGCUGGAGGGGGGCCCCGGGGCCGGCUUUGGGGCCUGCCGAGAGGCGGAGGGGGAGCUGGACUCGGACGCUGAGCGUGAGCGCAUGAUAAACCUGUCUGAGUUGACGCCUUACAUCUUGUGUUCCAUCUGCAAAGGUUAUUUUAUAGAUGCCACGACCAUUACAGAGUGUCUUCACACAUUCUGUAAAAGCUGCAUAGUAAGACAUUUUUACUACAGUAACAGAUGUCCAAAAUGCAACAUUGUUGUACAUCAGACACAACCUCUUUAUAAUAUCAGGUUGGAUCGACAGUUACAAGACAUAGUGUAUAAAUUGGUUGUCAAUCUGGAGGAGAGAGAGAAAAAGCAGAUGCAUGAUUUCUAUAAAGAAAGAGGUCUAGAAGUACCCAAACCUGCUGUCCCACAGCCAGUCCCUGUGAGCAGAGGAAGACCUCGGAAAGUCUUGGGAUCAGUGUUUCGAAUCCCACCAGAACUUGACGUCUCACUGCUUUUGGAGUUCAUUGGAGCUAAUGAAGGCGCAGGGAAUUUUAAGCCAUUGGAAAAGAAGUUUGUGCGAGUUUCAGGAGAAGCAACCAUCGGCCACGUGGAAAAAUUCCUGCGAAGAAAAAUGGAUCUCGACCCGGCUUGUCAGGUGGACAUAAUAUGUGGUGAUCACCUUCUAGAACACUACCAGACGCUGAGGGAAAUCCGCCGAGCUAUAGGAGACGGUGCUAUGCAGGAUGGUUUGCUUGUACUGCACUAUGGCCUUGUGGUAUCUCCACUAACAAUAACUUAAAGAUUGCUAGAAUAUCA